CUCCUAUUCCAUGAACAAGAUUACCAUGGGUUCUGUCUCACCGUCGUUUACGGAAAUUCCCGUUCUAGACUACGCUCUCUCGACGCAGCCGGCGACGCGUGCCCUCUUCGUCGACCAGCUCCGCAAUGCCCUCGUCCACGUGGGCUUCUUCUAUCUAGCCAACGCCCCUAUAUCUCCGCACAUCAGGGAUGAACUGGUCAAGAAGACAGUGGAGCUAUUCGAUCUCUCGCCCGAGAAGAAACUUGAAAUUGAAAUGAUCAACAGUAAGCAUUUUCUAGGCUAUUCGCGCCUCGGUGCGGAGGUUACGGCCCGGAAGUUAGACCAUCGCGAGCAGUUUGACUUUGCCACGGAGCUCCCUGUCCCAGGGCCAGACGAACCCGCGUAUAGGAAUAUUCGCGGCCCAAACCAGUGGCCCGAUGAAUCCGCUAUUCCCGGUUUCCGACAAACAAUUGAGGGCUAUCUUGCAGAGCUCCGUCCCGUGUCCGAUGCAUUCGAGGAGCUCAUCGCCGAGGCCCUGGGGCUGUCCCCAAUAGCGUUAAAACCGUAUUUUGACACCCCGCGCCAACACAAACUGAAACUCAUCAAGUAUCCACGCCCAACCACAGACGAUGAGAGUCAAGGCGUAGGUCCACACAAGGACUCGGAAUUUCUGACCUUUCUAUACCAGCCUACAGCGCACCCGGGCCUGGAGGUCCAGAACAAGAACGGCGAAUGGAUUCCUGCUCCCCCCAUGGACAACACGCUAGUCGUGAAUAUCGGUCGUGCGUUGAGCGCGAUUACGGGGGGCGUGUGCACCGCCACUACACACCGCGUCAGUCUCGCACCGGAGAAUUUCGUCGCCGGUGGCAAGGAGCUAGGACCGCGGUUCUCUAUCCCCGUCUUUCAGGGUAUGAGCUUGGAGCUGUCAGCUGGGGACAUCACGCUGGAUAUUCCGAGUCAUAUUCGAGAUCUGGUCAAAGAUGACCGUGUGCGGUCGGAUGCGGAGGGCACGUUUAAUCAGAAGUUCCAUGGGAAGACGGGUGAGGGCACGCUUGUCCAUCGGGUGAUUAGCCAUCAGGAUGUAGGGAGACGAUGGUAUCCGGAGCUGUUGGCCUGGGCGUUAGAACAGCAGAAGUAGUCAACAGUAUAUAACCAACAAUACUGCAA